UUCUUCCCCUGUUUUAAUUCGUUCCCUCUAUAAAUGCCUCUCAUUUUCCAUUGCUUCAAAAUCAUCGUCUUCAUCAUCAUUAUCUCCUCUCUCUCUCUCUCUCUCACACACACACGCGCGCGCGCGCACACAAAUCAAUGUCUCCUGCAAUGAGCUUGCAAAUUGAAGGCAACAGUAGUGAAGAAGAUCAACCGUACCAGAAAGGAGUAGAACAUCUACGAGAGAGUGGCAUCACUAAAGUUCCAACAAAGUACAUAUUUCCCUUUUCAGACAGACCACAGAAUGGACACCUUAACGCCCAUAACUCUGCUGAUCAUCUCAACCUACCAGUAAUUGAUUUUGCCGAACUUCAAAGCUCCAAUAGAUCCCAUAUUCUUCAAUCUCUCACAAAUGCUUGCGAGGAAUAUGGCUUUUUUCAGCUUAUAAACCAUGGAAUCUCAAAGGAGGUCAUAGCUAGCAUGAUUGACGCUAGUAGAAGAUUCUUUGAGCUUCCCUUUGAUGAGAGGGCAAAGUACAUGUCCGCCGAUUUGCGGUCCCUUGUCCGGUACGGAACGAGCUUUAACCAGAACACAGAUGGAGUGUUUUGUUGGAGGGACUUCUUAAAACUCAGCUGCCAUUCCCUGCCAGAUGUUCUUCCUUUCUGGCCUUCUUCUCCUCUUGGGUUAAGGGAAGCAGCAGUCAACUACUCAAAACAAAUAAAAUUCUUGUAUGAAAUGGUGAUGGAAGCCAUUUUAGAAAGCUUAGGGCUGAUGGAGAAAGGGGAUUUGCAAGAAGCAGUGGAAGAUGGAAGCCAAAUGAUGGUGGUGAAUUGCUACCCACGUUGCCCGGAGCCCGAGCUAACCCUGGGGAUACCGCCUCACUCCGAUUAUGGCUUGCUGACGCUUCUUCUCCAAGAUGAUGUUAGAGGCCUCCAGAUACGGCAUCAUGGCAGAUGGGUAACUGUUGAACCCAUCCCAAACUCAUUCGUAGUCAAUAUUGGUGACCAUCUUGAGAUUUUUAGCAAUGGGAGGUACAAGAGCGUGCUGCACAGGGUGCUUGUGAAUUCUUCAAAGUCUCGAAUCUCUGUCGCUUCGCUGCACAGUAAACCCUUCGACAGGGUUAUUCGGCCAUCGCCAAAACUCAUAAACGAAGCAAACCCUAAGCGUUACAUGGAUACAGACUUUGCCACAUUUCUGGAGUUCAUCUCAUCCCAUGAUGGAAAAAGUAAGAAUUUCCUGGAGUCCAGGAAAUUAGUGACUUAAUUGAGCUCAAAACACUAGAGAGUCCUUCUAAAUUGUUCAGACUUUUCAGGCCGAGAUUGCCUAGUAAUUGUUUUUAUUGGGAUGUCUAGCAAUAGUUCUUAGUAACUAUAUAAUGGUGUCUACUUCUGCAACUAAUCAAUAAAUAUAGCACUUAGUUACGACUUUUAUCUACUCUCCUUUGA